AUGGCUUCCUUUAUGUCCAAUGCGACGCUCGCCAGCGUUGCCCCCGAUGCGGAUCUGUUCAGCGUCUUCGCAGAGGUCUCCAAGUACAAUGUUCAGCUCAACAUUCUCGAGCGCCUCUGGGCGUCCUGGUACGUCUGGAUGCAAAACGACAUUCUCGCCACCGGCAUCAUGAGCUUCGUCCUGCACGAAACCGUCUACUUUGGCCGCUCGCUGCCCUUUAUCAUCAUGGAUGCCAUUCCGUAUUUCAACCAGUGGAAGAUCCAGAAGCAAAAGGUUCCCACCAUCCGCGAACAGCUCGACUGCGCCGGUCUUGUUCUCCUGAGCCACUUCACCGUCGAGCUGCCCCAGAUUUGGCUGUUCCACCCCAUCGCCACCUUCUUCGGCAUGCAGUUCGGCGUCCCGUUCCCCCCGGCUUGGAAGAUCGCCUCGCAGAUCGCCGUCUUCUUCGUCUUUGAGGAUGCCUGGCACUACUGGUUCCACCGUGGCCUGCACUACGGCCCGCUCUACCGCGCCAUCCACAAGCUGCACCACACAUACUCGGCGCCCUUUGGCCUCGCUGCCGAGUACGCGUCUCCCAUCGAGGUUAUGCUGCUGGGUGUUGGCAUUGUCGGUAUCCCUAUCGCCUGGGUGUCCAUCACUGGCGAGCUGCACCUGUUCACCAUGUACCUCUGGAUCGUCCUGCGCCUCUUCCAGGCCAUUGACUCCCACAGCGGCUACGACUUCCCCUGGAGUCUGCGUCACUUCCUGCCCUUCUGGGCCGGUGCCGACCACCACGACGUGCACCACGAGAAGUUCAUUGGCAAUUACGCCUCUAGCUUCCGCUGGUGGGACUACUGCCUCGACACCGAGGCUGGCUACGAGGCGAGCAAGCGCCGCCGCGAGAAGAAGCUCCAGCAGCUCAAGCAGAAGAAGGCCCAGUAA